UACGAUUUAUGAAUUGCAGAAACAAGUGACCUUGAAGCUUCACCACGACAGUCGCCCAACGAAACCCUCGACAGCACCUCCAAUACCGCCAAAAUGCUGAUUCCAAAGGAGGACCGCAAGAAGAUCCACGAGUACCUCUUCAAGGAGGGUGUGGCCGUGGCCAAGAAGGACUUCAACCUGCCAAAGCAUGGCGAGAUUGACACCAAGAACCUCUACGUCAUCAAGGCUUGCCAGUCGCUCACCAGCCGUGGCUACCUGAAGACUCAGUUCUCGUGGCAGUACUACUACUACACCCUCACCCCAGAGGGUCUCGACUACCUCCGCGAGUGGCUCCACCUCCCAGCCGAGAUCGUUCCUCAGACCCACGUCAAGCAGCAGCGCUCGCACGCUCCUCCGCGCGGCAUGUUGGGCGGUGACGACCGCGAGCGUCGUGGUGGUGGCCGUGGUGGCCCACGUGGUGACCGCGAGGGUGGAUACCGCCGCCGUGACUUCGGCGACCGUGAGAACAAGGACGGUGCUGCUCCAGGUGGCUUCAACCCAGAGUUCCGUGGUGGCUUCGGCCGUGGUCGUGGUGCCCCUCCAGCUCAGUCUUAGGAAGACACUGAAUGGGGUGCUGAGGCCAAGCAGCAAGAUGCGUCAGGUGGAUGGGCGGAGAACGUCGCCGGUACCACUACUUUCGAGUCCAACGUUGACAGCGGAGCUGGAUGGUAGACAAUGGCUCGGCGACGAUAGGAAACCAGGCUCCUGAAGCAUCGGAUGCGCUGGACGAAGUACAGAUCAUGAACCAAAAAAUUGCGUUAGACGAGGAGAAGCCGCCGACUGGCUGAAACAACGUAAGCGUAGAAAAUCCAGUCUUGCUGGCGUAACUCGGUGCCAUGAUUUCACGUUUGACUCUCGUGUCUUUGCCUUUCAUAUAGUCGCGAUGUUCUCGGAUUCUCUCGUUCGUUGCCAACUGUGCCGAACACGCCCUAUCGAUUGAAUGCGGGCA